CAGAACUAUAAACAAAGAAUUCACUAGUUCAGAAAUUCUCUGCCAUAAACUUGGUGGUCUCUGGCAAGCCAACACCUCUUAGCCCUUGGUGGUUCAAGACCAGCUACUGGGUCUCAAGAGCAACGCUACUCCCAUUCAAAUAUCUGACAAAAGGUUAGGCUUCCCAAGUGCAUGUUUGGGUUAUAGUUGUGUCCCGACUCUGAAAAGGUUGAAUACUAUUACUGUUAUCUCUCUACUGUAAAUAUGAAGCUUAUUCCAAGUAUUAUGCCCACUUUAGAGAGAUUAUUGAGAGAAUGUGGGAAGCACAUCAAGUACUUUGAAGUGCAUUAGAAAUGCUAGAUAUUAUACUUAUUGAAGAAACUUGUGCUGAGCUUUUUGGAGAAAAGGCAUGAUACAAUUAAGCAUGUAUUUGACCUAAGAUCGUCAUUAAAAACGUGACACUUCUGAAAUGCUCUCCAAGGUGAGAAAAUUUCAUAAGCACUGAGGCUUGAUUCACUCAAGUGGCAUUUGUUUUUCUUUGCAUUCAGUUACACGGCAGGAAGCAGGGAAUUUUUUUAGCGUGGUCCAGCUCUUUAGUCCUGGGUGAGUCGCUGCGAUUGACAGUGUCUACAUGUAAGAAGCUGGUUCGCAUGCCUCCCCUCGGUGGCAUCGUAUACACAUGUACACAAUCAAUUGGAGAAUACAAACUUUGUGUAGAUUGUGUCUCUAAAGAUAUGCUUGAUGUGCUGAGUUGGCCAGGUACGAUAUUGUUAAAGGUGUGGUCUUGAUCAUGAGGUCUUCUCCCUCUUAAGCAGAGAUGGGGAAUUGGGGCCCUCCUAGAUGUUGCCAAAUAUUGGUCAUGUUUGCUAUGGCUGCUGGAAGGUAAAGUCCAGCAAUAUCUGAAGGGCCACAGGGUCCCCAUCCCUGCUCUCAAGUAAAACAAUCCAAAAUCAUGGUAGGUGCAGUUAUAGUAAAUUAGAAGGAUUGGCUGUAGUGUCUAUUUGUUUCUCUCUAAGUAGAUAUUCUCCGCAUAAUAUUCUCUGGCUGUAGCCUGUUGGCUCUUCAGCCUGCACCUAUCAAGAAAUAAAGAUUUAUGUCCUGGACGAUUUCAGUUUAAAAGGAUAUAAUUGUGCAUCGGUGUGUGAAUAUUUCAUGACACUACGAUAAGUUAUCCACUUGAUAUAUGACGUAGUACCUAAGGACAGGCAAAAUAAUAAUAAUAGGAAGAAGUGCUCAGUUAAUUGCAUUGGUAAUGAUUUCAGCAGACUAAAAAAUGGAAAGGGAGCUGGUGUACUAGAAGCCCAUCCUGAAAAAUAAGCUUUCUACCUCUUCCUUGAAGAGGCAAAACUCAUAGCAAAGUGUGAGAGGCUGCCAUACUGCUUGCAACGCUGUGAGCACAGCUCAAUGGGGUGAGACAUUCGUUCCCAGAAAUCACCCGAAGUUUAUUUCUAGCGGUUUCUGACCCCGACACAACACCCCUAAGCAGACUGUACUUAGGGCAGUCUCUGGUAUCUCCACAUAAAAGGAUACACUCUUCCACCACACUUGAGGGAAGUUGGCUAGUUUAAGGAGUGGGGAAAGAAGGCUGCCUGGUCUACACAUUUAGGUCCCUCAGCAAUGGGGCUAUCUUUGCUGGUUUAAGGUGGAACAGCGGAGGGGCUGCUACGGUUGCCCCCCAGCAUCUGCUCCCUGAGGGGUUGCCUCACUCUGUUGAAUGUUUGGGCUGACCCCAUUACUGAGUGAAGACGGGAGUUUGCCUCACCAUUUUUCUUGCGAAGGCACAAGAACUGAGGAGACACCGAACGUAGAUGAAUACUAAGCAAGCUAGUCAUGCUCCAGUAUUAUUAAGCACGACUACCUUCCUGUAAGAUUUCUAGGCUUCUUUCCAAAUAUCCCCCUUGCAGGAAAAUAUUUGAAAUGGCAGGCUUUCAGAUCAGCGAACUAAAAUUGCAAUUCCUAUAUUGAGAAAAGCUUUGACCCUUUUGUCGGAGCGCCUUCAGUCUUUUCCCUGGGUAGUUUGCCUUUCUGUACUGAAUGGGGAAACCUCAUACUGUGUACUUUAUUAAUGUCGUUCUCAUUGAAUUUUUAAAAAAUGCUUUAGAUAGAAUAGACUUCCACACGAACAUGAUCACAUGCAGUAACGCAAAGUUUUAUUACAACAAUCCUCUGUAACAUUAACCCUUAACCCUGUCCUGCUUUUUUUAAAAAACAAAAACCCAGUAUUAUUUAACUGAGCAUUUGAUUUUAGUAGUAAUUCUGCUUUUGCCUUAAGUUAAUUUAGUCAGUUAUGGUGGAUACAUCUACAUAAUUUAUCAAGUUCAUUCAGUUGUAAGUGUAGAGUGGGGUUUUUUAAAUUUUAUUUAAAAUUGUGCAAGUAAAGUAAGGAGGAGAAGGAAUGGAAUGCGGGAGCGGAGUUGAACAACUGAGUUCUUAUUCAUUUAUUUUUAUUUUUUUAUUUUUAUUAAAUUUGUAUACCACCCUUCAUCCAUAUAUCACAGGGGAAGAGUGGAGAAGGAGAUCCCUUGUUUAUCCCAAUACCUUGCCCCCCCCCCAAAUCCAGAAUUUGAGAGUGAGUUAAAAACAGAAACAUCAUUUCAUUGCGCCCAUACCAAAGGAGAACACUGUUUCCUCAGUGGCAUGCUUUUUUGAAUUUGUCUGUAAAUUGAAAGUUGCCAGUUUUAAAAACAAAUAAACGGGGUGGGGAUGAGGGAAAGAAAAGCUCUGUAGGGUAUAUUCUGCAAGUGCCACUGGCAAGUUAACCAGGCUCCCUUGGCUGUGAUACCAGAAGAGCUAGGCCUCAAAGCCAGCCUCCAUUACUGGCGUUCCAUAAUGGUGUCUCUUAGAAAAGUUGUGAGGGGGACCUUGACUGAGGGGCCAGAGCUCAGCUUUUGCAGGGCCUGGGCUAAGUAGGAAUGAGUGUCAAUAGAUUAGGAAGCUCUAGAAGCCUUCGCUUCCCACACAGUCCUUAGCAAGCCUUAGUGACAAAACUGCCACAUCCAAGCUCUCUCUUGUACGCCGCUUUUUAUUGAACGUUGUGAGGAAUUACUAAGCCAUUCUUGACUGGCAUGACUCACAAUGCCAUAAUGCUGACUAGAAUUCUAACUUCAUAAGCGGCGUUAGAAGUGGAGAUAUGAAAGCUAAGAGCUAAGCGGCACCUUAAACCGAGAUUACAGGCACAACAACAGAAUGUUUUCUGUUUUUGUUUUAUAAUAAGAAUCAUAGGCUUGUCCUGCGUCAGGAAUUUUCCUGACACGUUUCCAGGUGUAAAAAUGGCGUGGGGGGGGGGUUUGCCGAAUCGGCAAAAUGUCAGUGAAAACCCGGAUGUAUGGUAACGCAAUGGAAAAAGUAGCGGAAACAGUUCCAAAAGCUUAAAAUUACUAUUUGGGGUGGGGAGGUUUCCCCAGAAAAAGUUGACAAUUUGGGUUUGUUCCCCAAAAAACCUCAAGGGCACCCAGGGUUGCAGGUUCAAGCUGGCACUCCUUGCCCCAAAUCAGAACUUGAAGCUGGGGUCUCUUUGGUGUAUGCACAGUAUAUUCAAAAUAUCCACUUUGCCACACUUUGAAACACACAGUGCCUCUGUAGAACAGAAAGGGGGCAAACCUAGUAUUAAAGUACCCUUAUUGUGAGGCCACAGAGUGGUAAAUGGGGACUUUAUGAGUUAACUGCAACAAAUUAUAAUGAUCUGCUCUCUGUGGAGUGUCUCACUUAGUACCCUAACCUUUUCCUAAUGUUGUAACAGAAAAGGUGCUUACUGUAUGGGAAAAGGUGAAAAAACUUGAAUGCCCACAGAAUUAUUAGCUCUGUUAGCAGAUCCUCCAAGUGCCCCUAUUUUCCAGGGACGUCCCUGAUUUAGAGACGUCAUCCUGGUUUCUGAUUUGAACCCGGAAUACCCCCCUUUUCCUUAGGAUGUUCCUAUUUUCAUUGGAGAAAUGUUGGAGGGUAUGGCAUUAUCCAACCCCCGAGCCGUCUAAAGGCAAUCCUGUAUAGGGAAGGGUUUUUUUUAAUGUUUAAUGUUUUAAUUAUAUAUGUUGGAAGCCGCCCAGAGUGGCUAGGGGCAACCCAAUAAGAUGUGUGGGGUAUAAGUAGUAAAAUUAUCAUUCUGGAAUGGGACGUCCCUAUUUUCAUUGGAGAAAUGUUGGAGGGUAUGGUUAGGCCUGUGUGUCUACUAAAUGUUUAUGACAGUCUCGCUCAUAGAUGGUUUGCAAACUCUGCAUUCAGAUGGUUGGGAUCUGUAUUGCUGAGCCACCUUGAAGUUAUAAUUCACCUCAGAGUAUCACUAACAGUGCUUGAUUGACUCAUAGUAAUAACCAGAACAAGGACUGCACUUGGGGAAAGUGCCUUUUUCUCUUCAAGGCCUUUUUGAUUCAAUGGAAGCUUGUUUCUGGUGCAUGUACAAAUGUUUUGCACAGUUGAAAGAGAGUGAGUGCACCGUUUCCCAGGGCUAAAAAUAGUCAAGAGCUAUACAUGUCUAAUCUGAAGCUUCAUUGAGCUCAAUGGGACUUACUCUUAACUAAGUGUGCUUAGAAUUCCUAAAAGUGGAGUUCAUCUCUUAUAUUUUGUAAAUGACACCUUCUCUUUGCACUUUACUUCUCCUCUAGCAUUAUCAAAACUCAGUAUAACGUGACUUGUUAUAUUAAUGCUAUUUAUAAGGUGCAAACAAAGGUCCCACUACUUUCCCUUCUCAGUUUGUAGUGUUCCGUAAGUGUCUGGUACUGCAGAAACUUUGGUGACUGUGUCAACAUGGCGGAAGGCCGUGGGCAAGAAAAGACACGGUGGACUGCAACCGUAAUUGUGAGUUCAUCUCUUCAGGUACUGUAUCCUACCAUUUGUUCGUACAAGUUGCUCUAGCCUCGCAAAGGGUCACAAAAUAAAUGGGGCUGUGUAUUCCACCCUUUCUAGGAACACCUAAUAUAGAAGAGAGAGCCAUGGCAUCAAAGCUUAACAACAAUGUCAGAACACAGCUCUACCAUGUCCUCAUAUGACUGGGAUUAAGGCCUCCAGAUUAGAGAGGGUAGUCUGCAAACAGAUUUAAGACCCACCACCUUUUAAAUUAAAAUUAAAAUUAACCGCUGUGUUGCAUUAAGGAAUUGACCGACAUUGAAGCAUAGUGUAAUGGGAAGCACAAUUCUUUAAGCAGCGAAAACUCCAAAAGUGCAGAGGGCACUCAGGUUAAACCAGUCCAACUGACACUGCUAUCCCAUUAGGUUUCAGGGGGGGCACCCGGCUCCUUCAGAGCGCCCAGGAAAUCCCACAGUUCUGACCACAGUUUGAGUCCAAAAUUGCCAAUCAAUUGUGCUCUUUCCUAUUGUCAAAUAAACCCAAGUGGCCAGGGGAAGGCACAGAAAUACACUUGCUUUUUUUGUUCUAGCACUCCCCUUCCACAAGUAUCUCCAGUUAUUUAGUUACUGUGGCAUCAUAUUGACCCUAGCGUACAUUACCAAGGGGAUACUAAACAGAUCUGGCUAGGGCUAUUUACUUAACGAAAGAAACUGGUUUGAUGAUUUUACCAGUCCUCUUCUUCUCCAGACCUGUCUUAUAGCUGCAGAAUUACAGUACUGCGUUGGAAGAGGCCCCAGGAGGUGUUUUAGUUUAAUCCCCCAAAACGCAUAACAAUAUUUUAAUUCCAUUAAAUCUGUGUAGUGGCUGUUCAGAAGUGAGAUUUUCUGAUAAAGCAUGCUUACAGCAGUCGACUUCUUAUAUUCCUGUGCUUUCCCCCACCCCAAACACUCCAGAGGGGUUAAAUGCCAUGAUCAAAGAGCAUCGACCAUAUUAAUAUGUCCAUAUCAAUGAAAUCUAAAACACUAAUGGCCUGGCUAGAACAAAAGCACAAAACAGAAGACCUUGCUUUAUCAGAUCAAAGGCCCAUCUAAUCCAGCAUUCUCUUCUCACAGUGGCCAAUCAGAUGCCUAUUGGAUGCCCAAUAAAGGACAUGAGUGCAAUAACACACUCUCCACUUUUAUUUCCCAGGAACUUGGUAUUCAGAGGCAUGCCCAGUAGCACACAACCAUUCUGACUCUAGUAGCCACUGAUAAACUUUACCCUCCUUGAACUUCUCUAAUUUUCCUUUAAAGACCCGUUCUGACGAAUAGCGUUGAACUAGGACCCGGGAGACUGGGGUUCAAAUCCUCACUCAGUCAUCAAGCUCACUGGGUGACCGUGGGUCAGUCACUACCUGUCAUCAGAAUCUACCUCACAGGGUGGUUUGGAGGAUAACAUGGAGAGGAGGAGAGCCAUGUAUAUUACCUGAGCUCCUGGGUGUAUAAAAGCAAAUGUAAAUAAAUAAAUACCGUAUUUUUCACCCUAUAGGGCGCACUUAUUUUUUUGGGGGGGAAUAAAGGGGGAAAAAUAUUUUCCCCCCCCCCGAGCCCCAAAGGGCAAAGAAACCAUGACAGCGAGCGGGAUGGAUCCCGCUCACUGUGCUGUCUUCGCUUUUAGCCUCGGGGCUGGGGGUCCAGGGGCGAAGGCGAGGUUGCGCUCAACCUCGCCAUCACUCCCGGAGCUUGCUUGCGGGGCUGGGGGCAGGGGAAGCCCGAGCUUCCCCCAACCCCAGCCCCCAGAACGGGUCUGGGAGCGAUGGGGAGGUUGUGCAACCUCGCCAUCGCUCCCGGAGCUUGCUUGCAGGGCUGGGGUCGGGGGAAGCCCAAGCUUCCCCUGACCCCAGCCCCCAGAACAGGCAAUUGCCUGCAAGCCUUGCAAGUUCCCGCCGGGCUCCCAAGGCUUGCGGAUAGCUUCCUGAAGCCUGGAGAGCGAGAGGGGUCGGUUCGCACCGACGCCUCUCGCUCUCCAGGCUUCAGGGAAAGCCUGCAUUCGCCCCACAGGACGCACACACAUUUCCCCUUCAUUUUUGGAGGGGAAAAAGUGCGUCCUAUAGGGCGAAAAAUACGGUAGUUGGGGGCUAACUUCCAUCCUUCUUGGGAUGUUCCCAAUUUGUAAAAGUGACUGAAAGAAAAUAGGGUGAGUGAGCUGGAGUCUAUAAGUGUUGUGUUUUGCACUUGGAAGACUUUUACAUCAGAAUCAUAGAAUCAUAGAAUAGAAUCAUAGAAUCAUAGAGUUGGAAGAGACCACAAGGGCCAUCGAGUCCAACCCCCUGCCAAGCAGGAAACACCAUCAGAGCACUCCUGACAUAUGGUUGUCAAGCCUCUGCUUAAAGACCUCCAAAGAAGGAGACUCCACCACACUCCUUGGCAGCAAAUUCCACUGUCGAACAGCUCUUACUGUCAGGAAAUUCUUCCUAAUGUUUAGGUGGAAUCUUCUUUCUUGUAGUUUGGAUCCAUUGCUCCGUGUCCGCUUCUCUGGAGCAGCAGAAAACAACCUUUCUCCCUCCUCUAUGUGACAUCCUUUUAUAUAUUUGAACAUGGCUAUCAUAUCACCCCUUAACCUCCUCUUCUCCAGGCUAAACAUGCCCAGCUCCCUUAGCCGUUCCUCAUAAGGCAUCGUUUCCAGGCCUUUGACCAUUUUGGUUGCCCUCCUCUGGACACGUUCCAUUUUGUCAAUGUCCUUCUUGAACUGUGGUGCCCAGAACUGGACACAGUACUCCAGGUGAGGUCUGACCAGAGCAGAAUACAGUGGCACUAUUACUUCCCUUGAUCUAGAUGCUAUACUCCUAUUGAUGCAGCCCAGAAUUGCAUUGGCUUUUUAGCUGCCGCGUCACACUGUUGGUUCAUGUCAAGUUUGUGGUCAACCAAGACUCCUAGAUCCUUUUCACACGUACUGCUCUCAAGCCAGGUGUCCCCAUCUUGUAUUUGUGCCUCUCAUUUUUUUGCCCAAGUGCAAUACUUUACAUUUCUCCCUGUUAAAAUUCAUCUUGUUUGUUUUGGCCCAGUUCUCUAAUCUGUCAAGGUCGUUUUGAAGUGUGAUCCUGUCCUCUGGGGUGUUAGCCACCCCUCCCAAUUUGGUGUCAUCUGCAAAUUUGAUCAGGAUGCCCUUGAGUCCAUCAUCCAAGUCGUUGAUAAAGAUGUUGAAUAAGACCGGGCCCAAGACAGAACCCUGUGGCACUCCACUAGUCACUCUUCUCCAGGAUGAAGAGGAACCAUUGAUGAGCACCCUUUGGGUUCGGUCAGUCAGCCAGUUACAAAUCCACUGAGUGGUAGCAUAGUCAAGACCACAUUUUACCAGCUUCUUUACAAGAAUAUCAUGAGGCACCUUGUCAAAUGCCUUGCUGAAAUCAAGGUAGGCUACAUCCACUGCGUUCCCUUCAUCCACCAGGCUUGUAAUUCUGUCAAAAAACGAGAUCAGGUUAGUCUGACAUGACUUAUUUUUCAGAAAUCCAUGCUGACUAUUGGUGAUCACAGCAUUCCUUUCUAGGUGCUCACAGACUGUUUGCUUAAUGAUCUGCUCCAGAAUCUUCCCUGGUAUUGAUGUCAGACUGACUGGGCGGUAAUUAUUUGGGUCCUCUCUUUUCCCCUUUUUGAAAAUAGGGACAACAUUUGCCCUCCUCCAGUCUGCCGGGACUUCGCCUGUUCUCCAGGAAUUCUCAAAGAUGACUGCCAGUGGUUCUGAGAUCACAUCUGCCAGUUCUUUUAAUACUCUUGGAUGCAGCUCAUCUGGCCCUGGAGACUUGAAUACAUCUAAACUAGCCAAGUAUUCUUGUACUAUCUCCUUAGUUAUUCUGGGCUGUGUUUCCUUUGCUGAAUCAUUUGCUCCAAAUUCUUCAGGUCGGGCAUUGUUUUCUUUAUCGGAGAAGACUGAGGCAAAGAAGGCAUUGAGGAGUUCAGCUCUUUCUGUGUCCCCUGUUUGCAUUUCACCAUCUUCUCCUCUGAGUGACCCCACUGUUUCUUUGUUCUUCCUUUUGCUACGGACAUACCCAUAAAAGCCUUUUUUGUUGCUUUUAACCUCUCUAGCAAGCCUGAGUUCAUUCUGUGCUUUAGCUUUUCUGACUUUGUGUCUACACGUGCUGGCUAUUUGUUUGAAUUCCUCUUUGGUGGUUUCCCCCCUUUCCAUUUUUGUACACAUCCUUUUUUAAUCUUAACUCAGUUAAAAGUUCUUUAGAUAGCCACCCUGGCUUCUUUAGGCACCUUCCAUGUUUCCGUCUCAUUGGUAUUGCCUGACGUUGUGCUUUUAGUAUCUCCCUCUUAACAAACUCCCAGCCAUCAUGAACUCCCUUUCCUUUUAGUAUUACUGUCCAUGGGAUCUCACCCAGCACUUCCCUAAGUUUUAUGAAGUCAGCUUUCUUAAAGUCAAGAAAUUGAGUCCUAGUAUGCUUGGCUGCUCCCUUUCCGCUGUAUAGUAAACUUCAGAAGAGCAUGAUCACUCGCGCCUAAUGAUCCUUCCACUUCUACCCCACUAACCAGGUCAUCAACAUUGGUUAGGACCAGAUCUAAAAUGGCUGUUCCUCUUGUUGCUUCUCCCACUUUCUGGACAAUGAAGUUGUCUGCAAGGCCAGUGAGGAAUCUGUUUGACCUUAUGCUCUUGGCUGAGUUUGACAUCCAACAAAUAUCCGGGUAAUUGAAGUCCCCCAUUACUACUAUCUCCCUUCCUUUUGCAUGCUUGGCCAUCUGUUCCAGGAAGGCAUCAUCUAUGUCCUCCGUUUGGCUUGGGGAUCUAUAGUAAACUCCCACAGUGAGGUCACUGUUAUUCUUCUCUCCCUUAAUUUUGACCCAAAUGCUCUCACUUUGGCUUUGAGGUUCUAAAUCUUGGAUCUCUUCACAGGUAUACACAUCCCUGACAUAUAACGCCACUCCUCCUCCUUUCUUGUCUGGUCUGUUUCUCUGAAAUAGAUUGUAUCCCCCAUUAUUACAUUCCAAUCGUGGGACUUAUCCCACCAGGUUUCAGUGAUGCCUAUUAUGUCAUAUUUAGUUUGCUGUACCAAGAGCUCAAGCUCAUCUUGUUUAUUUCCCAUGCUUUGCGCAUUAGUGUACAGACAUUGAAGUCCAUUAAUCAUUCCCCGUGACUCUUAUUUAAGGAUUUUUCCUCCCACCACUAGGUCUGUGUGCUGUUUGCUCCAUUUGGUCUAUGACAUUUGGAUGAUCAUCUUCAUCAAUUGAUAGACUCCUACCUUCAGGAGCACUAUCUCCCUCCCCCACAUUAGUCAGUUUAAAGCCCUCCUGAUGAGGUUUCUGAGAUUUUUGGCAAAAACAUUUCUCCCAACCGUUGUGAGGUGCAGCCCAUCGCUUGCCAGAAGUCCAUCUUCAAGAAACUGCAGUCCGUGAUCUAAGAAUCCAAACCGUUCCUGUUUACACCAUUUGCGAAGCCAGCUGUUCACUUCCACUAUUUUCCCCUCUCUCCCUGGGCCACGUCGUUCAACUGGGAGGACAGAUGAGAUCACAAUUUGUGCAUUUAAUUGCUUCAAUUUCCUGCCUAGAGCCUCGUAGUCUCUUUUGAUCUUCUGGAGGCUAUUGCUUGCAGUGUCAUUGGUUCCCACAUGAACCAAGAGGAAGGGGUAUUUGUCAGUGGGUUUUAUGAUUCCUUGCAGUCGUUCAGUUACAUCUUGGAUCUUAGCCCCGGGAGACAGCACACUUCCCGAGACAUCUUGUCAGGCCCACAGAUCACUGCUUCUGUUCCCCUCAGUAGGAAUCCCCUAUCACCACUACACGCCUCCUCUUAGGUUUGGCCGGGGUUCUUCCGUGAGCUGUCCGCUCCAAGGUCGCCUGCACAUCCCUGAGGACUGACUUUGCUGCUCGUCUUCAUAUACCUGAUCGACUGUAAUGAGGGAGAGAUCCUCAAAUGGAGUCUGCUCUUCGUCUUCCAUGCUAGGGAGAGGACCUCAAAGCGAUUGUGUAUUUCUAAACAAUCAGAGCGAACCCUGGGCCUCCUACUUCUUUGAGUCACGUUUCUCCAUAUAUCUGGCUCCUGUGUUGGUGAACUAGCGUCCUUCUCAGGGGAGUCCCCUGUCUCCUCCUUGGUGAAGACGGUGUGCUCUGUUGCUUCCAAGAAGAGCUCCAGCUCUCUAAUUCUUUGUAGCGUAGCUACACGUUCCUCCAGUUGCUGGACUUUGUCUUGUAAGAGGGCAAUCAACAUGCAAUUGCUGCAGGUAAAGCUGCCUGCAACCUUUGGCAAGAUGGCAAGCAUUGCGCAGGAACCGCAGGCGACUGCAGCUGUUCCCUCCCCCUCCAUCUUGAGAACGUGUCGUUGGGGGUGGCUACAGUGGUCCUCCAUCAUAAAAAGCGUGAAGACAGGAAAAAUAACUCCCCCCACAAAAAAAACCUAGGUCUUCCCCCAACAAACGUUUGAGACUAGCUCCCCUAAAUCUAAAAGAUGGAUCAAACUGCGUGCGCCGCUAGGCGCGCGCCGCUGCCCUGCAAUCUCAGGAAUGAUGUGGGAGACGCACUCUCUUAUGGCUGUUAAGUGCCACUUCCUAUCAGGUUGUAAGAAACCCUUUCUUCCUCCAACACUUGCAGUAGCAGCACCACCUCCGUGACAUUUAGAAUUGUUGCCCACCUGAGGCCAUCCCUGCUUCCCAACAAACAAAGUGGCUUUUGCAUUGACUUUUUGUUAGUACAGCCAGUGCUCGCCAAUGUGUUCCCCUUCCCUCCUUUUCCCCUCUGGAGCCUUCCUUUAGUUCGUUAAUAGCAAUUACAGGAUGCAAUGAACAGUCAUAAUGACAAACAGGCGAUGCAGAAAGUGCUAUAGAUGUUUUUAUCUGGGUUCUCCUUGCUUUCAGGAAGCAUUUUGAUUGAUUAAUCUAUAAUGUUGAUCUUUGUUACUCUUUUAAUGCAGUUUUUUUAUUAGUUUCCCUUUUCUUGUUGACAGGAACAGUUCUUGGAGGCAGUACAUUGUCAUUGCACAUGCUGACAUUGUUUUUGAUUUAUAGAAUAGAAAGAAACUUGGCUAGCUUAUUUUAAGAUGAAAACUUGAUUGAUGGGAUACCUGGGUAAUCUGUGACCCUCCGGAUGCAGCUGGUCUACAGCUUGCAACAUCUCUGGCUGGGGCUAAUGGGAAACAGGCCCUCUUUAAAAGCUCCUGCUGCAUUUGGAAUACGUCUUCUGUCCAUUCCUAUCCUUUUUCUGGGUCCACCUUACUUUCCUGACUGUUUUAAUGAACAGAAGGGGAAUGGGAUGACAGAGGCAGGAGGAACCGACAGGAGAAGACUCAAACAUUUUCUCAUUGCAUUGGGGAGUUUAAUGGAUGGCUCUCCAGGCUGCAACUGGGACAACUGUUAAGUUCUGUUGUAUGGCAAGCUAAACACAAAGCACCCUGGUUAUAAUGAGCAAUAUUUUAAUGAAAAGGAUGCAUGUUUUAUAAUAUACGUUAGCUUAGUGGGAAGAGGAGUAAAGGUUAAAAAAUGCUGUAGAUAUUUCUGACUCUCUCUUUUUUGUCAUUAUAAUAGAACCCAAUUAACUUUAUUUAGAACUGGUGAGCAUGUUUUAAUCCUGUAUUUUAUAACUUAUUUAGGGUCAUGAAAUUUCAAUGUCCCUACAAAAUCAGCAACACCGGGUUCGAUAUUCAGAUACAGUGGAAAAUGGAUCAAUAAUUUUCUCUCUUUCUGGUACAGUAUCUUAAAUUAUGGGAAAUGUGACCAUUAAUAUUUAUUUAUUUAUUUUAUAUUUAAUUCAAUUUAUUUAUAUUUCAUUUAAUGUAUUUAUUAUUUAUUUUUAUUUAUUUCAUUAAAUAUAUACACUACUUGAUUGUAUGUGUGUUUAUAAUCUCAAAGCGCUCUACAGGGCUACUUAACCUGUAGCAUUCAAUAUGGAAAUUAAGAGUGACAAGUUGUACACAUGGUGGUCUUGCAGCAUCCCUACAACAUAAUUUGGGUCAUGGUAUCAAUAUGCUUUACAUCCAGUGAAUUUUAUGGAGGGCGUAAUCUCAGUCUCUAUAACUGACUCUUUAGAAAUCCCCCAAAGCCAAGAACUUUGUUAUCUUUCUCCCAAACUGGACAUAUUCACAUCUGAAGGAAAUUUUAGAAUGCUUGUAGCCAGAUAUAAAUAGCAGAAAAUGAUCCUGUAGACUUAUAAGCAAGGCAGAAUAAUUUUAAACCAUUUUAAGCUAUGAAUGUUGAGUUUCACAGUACAGUUCAACAAAAAAACUCUUGUUUGUUAUUAUUUUGUUCACUUAAAUAAAUCACUAACAAUUUACUAAAUUCUCUGUUUAAAAGAGACAGUCCCUACCCAUUGGUUUAAAAUGUAAAUAGACAUCACACAAAAGGAAAAAGGAUGAGGAGGAAAGAGGAAGACAAGCAAAUUCAUGUAUACAUUUUUAAUGUGUUCCUCAUCUUCCUAUCCUAAUUUGAGAAUCACUGUAAUAAACUAAGCAGAUAGGAUCAGGACACUGUAGAAACAAUUAGCCCCCUUUCAUCUGUUUGUAUGGGGCUUCCAAGUAAACACCCAGGAAAUGGAUGAAAGAGUAGCAAUGAGUCUAUCUUCCACGUUCAUAUGCUUAGGACUACAGCUUUAUAUGAACAAAACUCUAUUUCAGUAGUAAAUAUACCAACUAUAUAUGUAUUUGACUAUUUUUUAUAUGCAGGUAAGUCUGACUUGAUCACCAUAUUUCUUCUUGCCCAGGAAUUGCAUUUUUGCUGGUCGAUGCUCAAGGCUUAUUUUUCACAGAGAGAGAGGUUUUAUUUGAAAGAAUAAAGAAGUUCAUGACCAUCCACAGGAAUGGAUUUUUGCUUUUGUCAGCUGCUCGUCAUGGACCAAAAGAAUGGGAUGGGAUGUUCAGAGUUCAGCAGAGGUAUGAAAUUUAAAAAAAAACCAAUAGUUUGUUUUAUUAGUAAAGGAAACUAGGUACAAUAAUAUGAAGUGUUUGCUUAAUUAUCAAAGAUGUAGGUGAAUUUGAUUUUGCUCAAAUAAUUUAGCCAAAGAAUAAAAACCCCGUUGUCAUAUUGCAGUAUAUAAGAAAAUGAUGCAUCUCGGUCAGUAUGACUUGGCAUACUCAAGUUUGAUAACAUGAGUCAAUUUUGGAAAUUUAACAAGUCAUCAUUCCCUAAGUACAAGAGAACACCAUUUUGUGUUUCCUUUUCAGAGACUGAGGGUCCUAUCCUUGGAAGGCAACCUGGAAGUAAAUCCUGUUGAUUUCAAUGAGACUUACUUCCAUGCAAGUAUUUGUUAAGACUGCAGCAUAAGUUCUGAUAGUCUAAAAAUGAGAAUUACGCUUUUGAAAGUCCAGAUCAUUAUGCCAACAAAAAAGCAAUUGGCAGGGGUAGUACAACCUAACUGAGGGCGUGGCAGUACAGUGGUACCUCGGGUUACAUACGCUUCAGGUUACAUUUGCUUCAGGUUACAGACUCCGCUAACCCAGAAAUAGUACCUUGGGUUAAGAACUUUGCUUCAGGAUGAGAAGAGAAAUCAUGCAGUGGCAGCACAGCAGCAGCAGGAGGCCCCAUUAGCUAAAGUGGUGCUUCAGGUUAAGAACAGUUUCAGGUUAAGAAUGGACCUCGGGAAUGAAUUAAGUAUGUAACCAGAGGUACCACUGUAGUACUGCAAGAACAGAGCAUAUCCUGGAGUAACAGGAUGCUUCAAUAUUAAAUGGAUGGUACAAUAUUAAGUUUAUGUUCAAUGUCUUAAAAGUGAGCUAGGAAAUUGUCCCAUCUGAUCAUAAUGGCCACUAUUGGUAACAUAAUUAUCUCUGUGUGUUCUCUCCUGCAUUUAAUUUCCCUCUGACCUCCUUGUUUAAAUUCCUCCUCCCCUGCCCUCUCUCUGUUUGUCUGCAACUUGGGCAAACACUUCAUGCAAACCUUACGGUCCACAAAUAACAUCUUGCUGAAGACAAUGCUGAAACACUUUGGGAAAUAAACAAAAUUGGAAAUUUUUUUUGUGACCCUUUAGCUUGGCCUUUUUCUUUUUAUUUCAUCUUCGGUGUAGCCCUCUUGUUUUCCAUGUAGCUCAGUAACGUGUACUCCUGAUUGUAGUGACCGCCUGGGGUUUAAGGAAGGCGUCUUUUCCAUCACCUGAAUUCUUGGUGCAAAGAAAAUAUAGAGAAAGGAGAAUUCCUGGAUGUCAGGCUCCAAGCCUGGGAACAGUGGUAGGGAAGGACUUUGACUACCUUCUGCUAUCCCAAUCCUAGUGAAAAUGAAGUACCAGCUUUUGCAAAAUCCCAAUUUGCUGCAAUCAUAUUAACAUACCCUUAUGUAACAGCAUGCUCCAAUUCUAGUCCAUGCUGUAAAAAAUAUGAAUACUGUACUUAGCAUGAUUGACAUUUUGAGGGUUGUUUCAGGUUCCUAGGCAGCAAUUUACGAAUAAUCCCAGUCCACAAUGCCGCUGAAGCUAUUAAACUCAUGCUAACUAUAGCAAAAGUAAGUAGCAGAAUUUUAUUGUCAAAUAAUAACGUACAGCAAAACAGCUAUGACAAUAUAGAAUACAUCAACUAGAGCCAGGGCUUUCUCGGCUGCGGCUCCAAUCUGGUGGAACGCUCUGUCACAAGAGACUAGGGCCCUGCGGGACCUGACAUCUUUCCGCAGGGCCUGCAAGACAGAGCUGUUCCACCAGGCUUUUGGUCAGGGCACAGCCUGACUCCCUCCUCUGGCAAUCUGCACAGAAUUUUGCUUAAUGGUUGCCAUCAAUUUGAUUUUAAUUAAUUUUUAUAAUGAAAUGUUUUUAGAAUGUUGGAUUAUUCGAUUGUUGUUAGCCGCCCUGAGCCCGGCUUCGGCUGGGGAGGGCGGGAUAUAAAUAAAAUUUAUUAUUAUUAUUAUUAUUAUUAUUAUUAUUAUCAAUAGGAUUUCCACAUACUUUUUUGAAAAGUCUCUCGUACAUGCUAAGCAUGUAACUACAUCUAAAAUGAGCCAAUGUGGUUUAGUGUUUUCAGUGCCAAACAAGAACAGGGAAGGUUCUGGUAUAAAUUCCUAUUCAGUCAUGAAACUCAUUGGCUAACCCUUACAGGGCUGUUGUGAUUUAUUUAUUUUUAAAGGAGGGUGGGAAGAAUAACCAAGGAUAUCCUUGGAGGAAAAGUGACAUGUAAGUGAAUAAAAUAGUUAUUUGCUAUUUGUUGCUUGUAAUACCAAUUAUAGAUACUUGACUGGCAGAUAUAUAUAGGACCUAAUGCUUAAUGUGAUAUAUGAAUAAGAUACAAUACUUCUACAUAAAUACUUCUGGCAAUUAUUAUUUAAGAAUAUAUACCGUACCUAAUUUUUAAAAAGUGUUCCCUGUAGUUUACUUUGCAGCAAAACCAGAAAUAGAAUUAAAGACUAAGACUAUUUUAAACUAUGCUCUUCAAAAUAACUACUUGUUCCUUUAAAGAGUUACUUCAGUUUAACCUAAGGUUUUUCUUUCAAUCACACCAAUAUAAAAUCAGAAUUAAAGUAUUAAAUUUUAAGCCUUUUAAAAUCUAGUCACUUGACUACGAGUCAUUUGUAGACUUUAAUUUCAAAAUAGAAGCCAAAAUUAUCUGAAACAGGACCCUGCAAGUAAAAUCUGUUAUUUUACAAACCCUCUUUAGUACUUUCCCUCAGGAUCUUUCUUUCUUGCAGAAAGAAUCCAAAGUUAUUUUCAACUCUUAUGCUGUAUUAAUUGCACAAACCAUUACUAUAACCUGCUUUAUUUCUCUCCUUGUAAAGACUACUUCAAAACCGCAUCUGGACAACAUUCGCUACAGAAUGCUAAUGGCAAAGACACAGAUUGUAGAACAAAGCUGUGUUUGGAAAAUGCUUCAUCAGUGUCAACUGGCUUGUAGUUUUGUAAACACCACUUAAUAUUUUAUUCAAAAAAGUUUGGCCAUGUUUAUUUGCAAAAUAGUCUCAAUUUUGUGCUUUUAAAAAAUGUAUCCACAAAGCAAUAAGCAUGUCACUUUGGAAAGUGCAUUUUUGGAUGUUGCAUUCAGAAUUAAAAUCAGUGUGUGAUUUCUUAGUUUAAUUUCCUGUAUAACCAUCCAAGACAUAUUACUGUUCACUUGAAAUAGAUAGCCAGAUGUAAAAUACUGAGGAAGAAUGGUCAUUAUUCAAGAGUAACACCUUUUAAAAAUGUACAUAACUUUGCAAAUAAAUGGCAUAGUUGUAGCCUACCCAA